CGCCGUCAACUCUAUUGGGCUUUUAAGUGCCUCAUUUGACUGUAGUACAACAACCGGCGAUGGUGUCAAACGACUAAAUCGGCCUGCGGACCGGCUCGCAGCGAUGUUGUCAAAGAGUUUCAAAUGGACCAGUUUUAAGACGCUACGACGACCUGACAGCUUAGCGAGAAGCGGUUUGCUUGGACUUAGUUCCGGUUUUUCAAGAGAGCCUUUCUAGACCCGAGACGACAACACUUGUGCCAGGAUGUGAUGACAAAGAGGAGCUGCUCACAGACUCUUUGGAAUCGGCAGAAUUGUCGCUACUAUGGCGCUUCAUAAUACUGCGACAACAGCCUGGACGAAGGAGAGAUUUCACCCCGUUGUCCUGGAGUCAGUAUUUUGAAACCAUGGAAGAUGUUGAAGUGGAGAAUGAAAACGGCAAAGACAUUUUCAGAGUUUACUGCAGCGGAGCUCACGGUCCCGUGCUGCUCCUGCUCCACGGAGGCGGACACUCUGCUCUCUCCUGGGCUGUCUUCACGGCUGUCAUUUACAGCAGGAUUAACUGCAGGGUGGUAGCUGUGGACCUUCGAGCUCAUGGUGACUCCAAAGUGAGAAAUUCAGAAGAUCUUUCUGCAGACACUAUGGCCAAGGAUAUUGGCAAAGUAGCGGAGGCACUUUACGGAGACAACCCACCGCCGAUCAUGGUUAUUGGGCACAGCAUGGGCGGGGCCAUAGCGGUUCACACCGCCGCUGCCAAUCAUAUCCCUUCGUUGCUUGGCCUCUGCGUCAUCGACGUUGUCGAGGGUACGGCGAUGGACGCUCUGAACAGCAUGCAGAAUUUCCUGAGAAGUAGGCCAAAAAUGUUUAAAUCGCUGGAAAAUGCCAUCGAGUGGAGUGUGAAGAGUGGGCAGAUCCGAAACAUCGAGUCCGCACGGGUGUCGAUGGGAGGCCAAGUGAAAAAAUGCGAGGAGUCCACCAGGAGCCCAGUGGUCUCCACGAGCAUCGGUGAAGGUAUAAUAGAAGAGGAGGAGGAUGAAGUAGGGGAAGAAGAGUCCAACAAGAAAAGAAUGAAGGAAGAUGACCAGGAGACAAAGAAAGAAAGCAUCUUCACGUGGCGAGUUGAUUUGACAAAGACCGAAAAGUACUGGGAGGGCUGGUUUAAAGGCCUGUCUGCACUUUUUCUCACCUGCUCUGUGCCAAAACUGCUCCUGCUCGCAGGGGUGGACAGGCUCGACAAAGAUCUGACCAUCGGGCAGAUGCAAGGUGAACAGCUCAAAUUGACAUUUUGUGCGCAUCAAGAAAAAUCCCCCCAUCUUGCGCUUGAUGGUCUCUCUUUUGUCCUCAGGGAAGUUUCAGAUGCAGGUCCUGCCUCAGUGCGGUCACGCCGUCCACGAGGACGCACCCGAAAAAGUAGCAGACGCUCUCGCGGCGUUCAUGGUCCGCCACAAGUUCACUGACUUUAAAGAAGGAUAUAUGUGUUAAUUGAAUAUGUUGCCAUAGAAGAACAUUUUGAAGAAUCAUCAUCAUCAUCAUCAUUGUACAACAGCAGAUUACAGAGAAUAUAAAAAAAAACACUCAUUAUUUGUUUAUGUAGAUACUUUGCCUUUCAGCUUUGCCUUAUUUUAUUGUAAAAGAAUAAUUUGUUUCUUUGUGAUGAUUUUUUUUUUUUUUUUGAUGUAAAAUUCCUAUGUUUUAUUUUUGAGUGAUGUGUUAUGAUUAUAAAAUGUGUUUGUAUUGGCAAAAAAAAGAUUGAGAGGGAUUGAAAAGAAGUCACGUGUGCUUUUUGAACGUGUACAAUUUAGCAAUUGUCACGUAGCAAGAUCGACACAGCUGAUUUGUUUGCCGGUGUAAAGAAGAAACUUUUGCACGGUUCCAAAAAAAAAAAAAGUCCCGAUUUGAUCUCCGCACCAUCUUCUGCCCCAUGUAGGACAUUGCUUUUUAUCUUCAAUCAAAACUUGUUCGUGCCGUUGCACUCCAAAUGAUUUCAACCCCAUUGCAAAUUAAGUUUGCAAUGAAGCAACACCACGACGACAACCAACAAUUGUUACCUAUAUUAUUUUUUUGAAAUGUAUUAAAAGCCUAUACAAAUGGAAAUACAGUUGAGUGCAACGCAAUAGAGAAAAUGUACAUUUGAUUUGUGUGUUUUGAAUUGUUGCUGCUACUUUCGUGCAUUAAUUGAAUCUCAAAUAGCACAAUGGCAUCAGAUGCACACAAACUACCGUGAACUUUUCUUUCAUGUAUUUCGUGAAAUAAAAUGAGCAUUUAAAUUGC